CAACAUAUUCACACAUUAAUAAUCCCAACUUGUCAAUUCCUUAACAGUCGCGAAACAUGCACUCUUCGCGGGGUGCCAGCCACGCCGAGGCUCCCCCCAGCACCGGAACCACCAUUGUAGCAUGCACAUAUAAAGGAGGCGUCGUGCUGGGCGCGGAUGGCCGUGUGUCCAUCGGGAACUACAUUAUGAACCGUGCGUCUAACAAGAUCGCGCCUCUCGCGGAGUACAUUUUCCUCUGCCGCUCGGGAAGCGCACCAGACACGCAGGUUAUUAGCGACAAUGUCAAGCACUACCUGGACCAAAUAUCGGCGGAGUCAGGGGAAGAGCCAUCUGUAGAGAUGGCAGCCAAUCUGGUCAAGCUGAUCAACUACAACAACAAGGACCACCUGGUGGGCGCUAUGCUUAUCGCGGGCUGGGACCGGCACGGCGGCGGCCAGGUGUACGGCGCACCCAUCGGCGGCACGCUGGUGAAGGAGAAGUGGGCUAUCGACGGCUCGGGCAGCACCUACAUCUGGGGCUACUGCGACAACGAGUACCGCGACGACAUGACGCGCGAGGAGGCGGAGAAGUGGGUGGCGGAGGCCAUUGCGCUGGCGAUGACACGCGACUCCUCCUCGGGCGGCUCCAUCCGCCUCAUCACGCUGGACGGCACGGGGGCGCACCACAAGUACAUCCGGGGGGACGAGGUGCAGCAGUUCGUGGGCGACCUGCCCUUCCCCGCCGCCCCGCCCGCCAGCCUGCCGCUGCAGGGCGGCGCCGCCGGCAGCAUGGUGGUCGGGUAGCGGCAUGAGCCGUGGAGCUGGAGGAGGCGGGGUGGAGCAGGGCGAGGCGAGUUGGUCAGGGGUGGUGCUAGUAGGGCCAGGUGUGGAACGGUAAGAAUCGGGCGCAAGAGCAGCUCCGGGUUGUCGCUGCAUGGGCGAAGGUGAAGGUUGAUGUUUUUGGUAGCUACUGGCGUAGCAUGGCCGUCGUUUAUUGGGCGACGUAUAUCGUAGUGCUUCGGUCGGCAGGGGUGCAUUGUGGAGCUGGAGUACGCAACGGGUUGAGGCGGCGUCACACGAAAGCGUUAGCACCAGACUCCUUACGGACUUGCAUCUUAGGGAGGCUGGUGCAUGUCAGCAGCGCCUGGCGGAUGGCUGGUGGGCUGUAAUAUGAAUUCUUCACUACCGGUACUGAAGACGCGGAUGCCUCAUCAAGAUGCAUGGCGGCUGUGCCCCCGAGGAGGGUAGGAAAUCCGAAAAGUUGCCGGUGGCCUCUGGCUGUAAGGGUGAGCCGGG